CUGUUUGGUGGCUGCGGCUUCAGCACAGCAUCUUCCAUAAUGAAUUAUAGUUUAACUAACGUUUAAUUUAAGUUAUUGACCUUAAAAUAAUCACAUGUGGAGGUUAAACAAAGUUCGCCACAAAGCUGGGCGACAAGGCGACAGUUUGGAGGAGCUCAAGGUAAAGAGGCGAGAGCAUGAGAAAGCGCUGAGACAAGCCCGCAGAGAUAGACAGCUUGUGAGCAAGAGACUCCUACUGAAUGAAGAUGAGGACCCGCUGGAUGUCACCAUGGACACCAACUCAGCAGAACAGGACGUGGUCGGUUUGUUCCACAAGCUGCAACACAGCGGGCCAGAGAGGGAGGCACACCUGAAGGCCUUGAGUAAAGCUCUCCGCGACCCAUCAGCACAGCUCACCUUUAUCAAGCAGGAGAAUAGUAUACAUCUUCUAGUUGGUCUCCUCACCGGCUCUGAUGCUACAUGCCGUCUGCAGGCUGUUAGGUGCCUCCAUCAGCUGUCUCACUCUCCUCACGCUAGUGUUGCACCAGCCUGUCUGCCUGCCACCCCCUACCUUCUCACCUACCUGUCUGGCCAGAGCACCAAGUUCACUGAGCUGUGUCUCUACACACUUGGUAAUUUAUGCCCAGACAGUGAUGCUGUAAAAGAGAAGCUCCUGGCCCAGGGAAUCAUACCAGCUCUGGCCAACUGUAUAGAGAACCAAAGACAUAACCUUGCGGUGGUGGAAGCCGUGGGAUUCACCCUCUCACAGCUUCUCCAGGCCAAAGACGCAGCCGAAAAAAUAAUCCCGAUGGUGUUGGCCUCUAGUUUACCUCCGCACUUGUUAUCAGUCCUGACUCCAGACCCAAACUUUGGCCUGGCACCUGCCAUUGAGUGUGCGUGGUGUCUGCACUACCUCACAUGCAGCACUGAGGACAACAGAGUGCUGUUGGCUCAUGGGGUGCUGCUGCAGUGCAGUUCCUUGUUAGUGUCACUAGGUGGUGCUGUGGCCAAAGGAAACAAAGAAGAAGGCCUGGAGCUGCUUAUCUGUCCUCUGCUGAGGUGCAUGGGAAACCUCCUGUCUUCCUGUCCAGUUAAAGACCUAAGCGCUCAAGUGGGUGACGUUCGUAUCGUGGUUGCUCUGUGUGCACUCCUUCAGGCGUACCUGCAGACCCAGCCAGCUCUGGCCAGAGAGUGUGCCUGGGUGCUCAACAACCUCACAGCUCACUCCAGCGCUUUCUGCUCUGCUCUGCUGACUCUCAACUUGGUCCCUGGACUUAUUCAGCUCCUCCCUUUCUCUCAAGGCAUCAAUACCAUGAUCCUGAGGGUUCUAGCUAAUAUUGCCCACAAGAAAAAGGAAUUCUGUGUCCAGCUGGCCCAUCAUGGGUUACUGUCUGCACUCUGUGCCACACUUAAAAUGGCCGACCAAGAGAUGGUGACCCUGAGUAUGGAUGUCCUGUUCAUGCUCCUAGGUAGUGGUCCACAGGUUGCAGAGGAGUUUGUGAGGCAAAGUGGACUCUCGCUGUUAGAAGCCAUUCAGUACAACAGUGAAGGAGAGAUUAGACGGAGAGCAACACAUCUACUGGAGCACCACCUGCUGUCCUACUCAUCCUAUUGCUCGGUGGACAACAUCCCGUGCUCCUGAGCCAACCGAAAGGCAUCAAAUUCACAUCUAUAGGGUACAGUGAGUCACUGACAGCGUAAGGACACACCUGAGAGUGCAGGACUUUUGUUUACACUUUGCAAUCUAUAUAAUGGACAAACAAUGUUAUACUUAAAGCCCCACUCCAGCCAGUGUUACUUCCUGUUUUUCUGUUAACUGUUGUCUCUAACGGAGAAUGGGGAUGUGGGUAAUAGUCUGGCAAAUCCGUUACCAUGGCAACCAGAUUGCCUUUCUACCAUAGGUGUCAAGAGUAACAUCUUAAGGAAGGGGGUUCUGGGUUGGAAUCCAGUGAUAGUGUGAUAGUCUGGCGACCUGUCCAGGGUGAACCCCGCCUCUCACCCAAUGACAGCUGGGGUAGGCUCCAGCACACCCACGACCCUGUACCAGGAUAAGCGGUUACAGAAAAUGAAUAAAUGAAUGUCUCGGUUUGGGUUUGGGCUCGCUAGCUAACAACAGUGUUUAUCAGUUUGCUACUCAAAUGGCAAGGCAUGACAGCGCACCUGUGCGAGCUUUAAGGAUGACUUAUGACCUGCAGCUUUUAAUAUAGUCAUACAUCAUCCUCCAUUUUAGCAACAAAAUUACUUUGAGCGCAAAUUAAGUUAUUUGUCAAAAAAUAUUUCUGUAAACUGUACAGCUAAUCAACGGGAAAUGAAUCAGAAAAAUCUGAAAUAUAAAAAUGCCAAAAUACACUGGAGUGGGGUUAAAAUCAAUUUUUAAUACCUUUUGAAAAUGAUCUACUGGUAAUUUGAUGUUUACCAUUUUCAGUGUUGUUAUCAAUGGUAUUUUAGUGCAUGUAAAGAUGAAAUAUUUUUUUAAUACCUGAGACUCAGUACCUCUAGUCUAUUUGUCUGUUACAUCUUGUGGCACCAUCACUUGAUUGAGUCACUGAAGAAGAUUGAUGUGUUUUAGCUCAUCUAAGUCUCUCCUGGAACAUCUACUGUACAGAGGGUGGGUUUAUAUAACAGACUGUACAUAUGUAGAAUAAGGGCAAUAGAAGUUUUUAGAGGUAUCAUGUAUUUUUAGCCAAUAAUGCAUUGUCAAUGACUGUACAUUCACAAAAUAAAUUAUGAAUAAAU